AUGCAAGAAGGACUUAAUUUGUCUACCAAGAAUGGUGCUUCUACGCCUGAAGAGGUGGAACGCAUGAAAAGGAUUCCUCAUGCUUCGGCUGUAGGAUCUAUUAUGUAUGCGGUAAGAUGCACUAGACCUGACAUUACGUUUAUGCAAAAUAUUGUUAGCCACUAUCAGCAAAAUCCUAGAGAGGAUCACUGGACUGCUGUAAAGAAUAUUUUUAAGUACAUGCGUGCUGCUAAAGAUUUAUUUUUGGUGUAUGGUGGAAAUCCCGACACAGAGCUCAAAGUGACUAGAUACUCUGAUGUUGGAUUUCAUACUGAUAGAGAUGACACAAAAUCUCAGUCGGGAUACGUCUUCGUUUUAAAUGGAGGCGCGGUGGAUUGGAAGAGCAAGAAGCAAACCACAGUUGCUAUGCCUGCUACAGAGUUUGAGUACAUUUCCACUUCAGAAUGCCGCUAUGGAAUCUGUCUUGAUCAGGAAGUUUAUUUCUGGGCUUGA